AUGUCCGAGGCCACUAUUCAGUAUGCUAAUUUUGACCAUCGGACCAUUGGUACUAUCAGGGGAAUAAAAACGAAUGAUGUUGUACAAUUUCUCGGGAUCAAGUACGCGUCUCUUCGUCACUGGUUCGACAACCCUGCACUAUGUUCCUAUGAUGGCACGGGUAUUGUUUGCGACCGACUUGGGCAGCAGACGAUAUCCCUGCCCGAAGCAGUGGACCAUGAGUUGGAUGCUAUCCAGAAAAGGAUAGAAAAGCCUGAAUAUCCGGGUAUUUCCGGAACCGAGUGCCUGAACUUGAACGUUGUAGUUCCAGCUGGUGCAAGAAGUUCCAAUGGCAUCCCAGUCCUGGUUUAUAUACAUGGAGGUGGCUUCUCUGUGGGAGCAAACUGGUGGCCACAGUUUGACAUGAAGCGCAUUGUGCAGCUUUCCGUUCAUUUAGGCACACCAAUAAUUGGCUUCAUGACUUCCGAAGAGCUUCGUAUGGCUGGAUACAAGCCCAAUCGCGGCUUGCAUGAUCAGAUAGUUGCGUUGCAGUGGGUGCAAAAGUACAUCGCAGGAUUCGGUGGUGAUCCUAGUCAAGUGACUGUUGCCGGUGAAAGUGUCGGAGGACCCGUACGCCUCAUGUAUACUGAGAAGGCUCUAGCCUCUCGAAUUGUUGUCAUGGGUGGUUCUCCGCCCUCUGUCCCACCGCUAACAUAUGAGGUGACUGAGAUUGCGUAUAAGUCAAUCAUAGAAGCCUGGAGCCUGGAUAAACUGUCCACCACUGAGCGUCUGGAAUCUCUUGAGAAUUCAUCUACAUGGGCUCAACAUUCUCAGAUCCGAGGCCUACCUCUGCUCCCAGUAUUUGACAAUGAUCUCGUGCCCUAUCGUGAGUCAUUCGAGCUCAUAGCCUCGGGAGAUUAUACUUUCAAGGCGAAGCAAUUUGAAGGCGCCAUGAUUGUCUACUCUCCAUUAGAUGCCAGCAUAUUCGCAUUUAUGGGCCUAUUCUCUCAUAGGAAGUCUGUCGCGGACGAGUUCGCAACUCAUCUUCGCACCAAGUUUGGGAAAGACAAUGAUACUGCCGAACAGCUUUUGAAACUUUAUGGUAUCUCACCAGAUCUAGAGAACCAGGAUGUCUUACUUCGUGUGUUGGAAUUCGGAUCAGACAUUGGCAAUGAAGCUGCCGCUCGAGUGCUUGCUAAGAGACUACCCGGGGACGUGUUCCUGAUGCAAUUUUCCGAACCGAACCCUUGGGAUGGCCCGUUCAAAGGACGCAGUACACAUAUUCUAGACGUUGCAUUUCUCUUCCAGAAUUUCAACGACCAUCUCAACGAGACGCAACAAGCAUCCGCGGUACGGUUUGCCACAGAUGUUAUCACCUUCGCCUGUGGGAAAAAGCCAUGGGAGCCACUAUCAACAGUCCAAGGAACAUCGAUUUUAAAGGAUGGCCGCCAACAGUCAGUCAAGGGCGACCGCGCGUUCUCCGAGAGGUAUAGAGAGUUAGUUAAGAUCGCCGCAUUGAUUGACAUGGAUUCUUUGUUGAAUGCAUGGACCUCAUUCGUAUUCGCAGCUUAA